CCAUUUGUCGUGACGUCACAGACAGGCGUCAACAGUCGAUGGCGUUCUUCUCCGAUUCAAGCAAAGUCCCCUGACGACAUUAAUUGAAACAACCAUGCCAACCCAGCGUGUCUUAUUCAUUCUCUGAUGAUAUCUUGCAAAAAUGCUCCAUGAAUCUCCCCGUGUGCUAGAAGAUGGCCAAGUCGGAUGGUGGGGCUAUCGCAUCGACACAUUUGCAGAACAGUAUGGCUAGCAAGAAUAGCGCCCUCCGCUGCACCUUUUCUGCUCCCAGCCACAGUGCCACCCUCCUCCAGGGCUUGUCCAUUUUGAGGGCUCAAGGUCAACUUCUCGACGUGGUGCUGGCCAUCAACGAGGAGCGCUUCCACGUCCACAAAGCUGUGCUGGCUGCUUGUAGUGAUUACUUCAGAGCUAUGUUCACUGGAGGCAUGAAGGAGUCAAAUCAAAAUACCAUUGAGCUGAAAGGCUUGUCUGCCCGGGGCCUCAAGCAUAUUAUAGACUUUGCUUACAGCUCGGAAGUCACCUUAGAUCUGGACUGCAUUCACGAUGUCCUUGGAGCAGCCGUCUUCCUCCAGAUGGUCCCCGUUGUGGAACUCUGCGAAGAGUUCCUCCAGUCAGCCAUGAGCGUUAAGACAUGCCUACACAUCGACCAAAUGGCAACCACCUUCAGCUUGUCUUCCCUCAAGGCGUCGGUGGACGCCUUCGCCUUUCGCCACUUCCUUCAAAUCGCCGAGGAGGAGGACUUUUUGCACAUUCCCAAGGAGCGCCUGGUCUUCUUCCUGCAAAGCAACAAGCUGAAGAAUUGUAGCGAGAUCGAACUCUUCCACGCGGCCAUUCGAUGGCUGCGCCACGACGAUUCUCGCCGCGCUCAAGCCAGCAACGUCCUCUGCCACGUGCGCUUCCCUCUCAUGCGUUCGUCCGAGCUGGUGGACACCAUUCAGAGGGUGGACAUCAUGGUGGAGGACGUGCAGUGCCGCCAGUACCUCCUGGAAGCUUUCAAUUACCAGAUCCUUCCCUUCCGACAACACGAGAUGCAGUCGCCGCGCACGCUCAUUCGUUCCGACGUGGUAUCUUUUAUCACCUUCGGCGGGACCCCGUACACCGACAACGACCGCACCGUAAGCACCAAGGUGUACUACCUCCCCGACGCGGCUUCCCGCCAGUUUAAGGAGUUGACCGAGAUGGACACGGGGUGCAGCCACGCCUGCGUCGCCGUCCUCGAUAAUUUUGUGUACGUGGUGGGCGGGCAGCAUUUACAAUAUCGCAGCGGCGAGGGCGCCGUCGACAGCUGCGUGCGCUUCGACCCGCACUUGAACCAGUGGCUCCGCAUCCAACCGAUGCAGGAAGCCCGCAUCCAGUUUCAACUCAACGUCAUGAACGGGAAACUUUACGCCACCGGGGGGCGCAAUCGAUCCGGCAGUCUGUCGUCUGUGGAGUGCUACUGCCCAAAGAAAAACGAGUGGAGCUAUGUGGAGCCGUUAAAACGCAGGAUCUGGGGUCAUGCCGGGACGCCGUGCGGAGAGAAGCUGUACGUCUCCGGCGGUUACGGCGUCUCUUUGGAGGACAAGAAAACCCUUCACUGUUACGAUCCGGCGGCCGACCAGUGGGACUUUCGAGCGCCCAUGAACGAACCCAGAGUGUUACAUGCUAUGAUAUGCAGUCGAAGUCGGGUCUACGCUUUGGGUGGACGCAUGGACCACGUGGACCGCUGUUUCGAUGUGCUGGCUGUGGAGUAUUACGAUCCACAGAGUGACCAGUGGACCACCGUCAGCCCCAUGAGAGCAGGGCAGUCCGAGUCGGGUUGCUGCUUACUGGACGGGAAGAUCUACAUUGUCGGAGGCUACAACUGGCACCUGAACAACGUCACCAGCAUCGUCCAGGUGUACAACGCGGAGAGCGACGAGUGGGAGAGAGAUUUGCACUUCCCCGAAUCCUUUGCUGGGAUCGCUUGUACACCCGUUAUACUUCCUCAGACACGCGUUGAAUAUUUGACCUCUUGGCUGUGAAAAUGUGCAUUAUUCAGGCUCAGAUGAUUCAGGAGAAGGACGGUAAGCGGGAGGAGCUUCAUCGCACAAUACGUUCUGAUGUAGAGUUCGUUAGAUUUUAUAUUUUGAUCAUUUCACAUUUGAUUUCGCAGAUAAACAGCAGUCGGUCGUUAUUAUAAAUGGCUACAUCAUUACUUGAUGACAUUUCAUCAGUGUUUAUCAUGCAAAAAUACAAAUUAGAUUUUGAAAUCACUCGAUCUGCUGUUUUAAUCAGUACGGCAAUGGGGACCGGUAUUGUCUUGAUUCAACUGUAGUUCAGUGAUAUACUGUAUUUCUGAGAAGCACCAAGUCCUUAACUGUUUUUCUAUUUAUUUCUCACUAUGCUAAGGUCAGCUUGUAUUGCUCCUACUUACUAUCAUUGUAUAAUUCCUGUGUGUGAACCUUUUUGUGUCAACAACCCGACGCCGAGUCUCCGUGAAUGUCAGCGCUUAAGCGCUUUUGUCUUGUGCACGAAACAUCAGGGUCUGCAAUGUUUAUUUAUCCUUGGGUUUUUUUUUUCUUUUCACUUACCUGCAUUCAAAUGGUCUCAAAUUGGAAUUUUGACUGCAUUUUUCAAAACAGAAGGAAACACUACUCAAUUACAUUGUAGGAUGUAAUGACCAUGCACAAGCGGCUAAGGAUGUACUUUGCCCUGUCAGUAAAAGCACAUUAAAAUUUCAAGUGCAAUAUAAAGGGAACUCUCGUCACAUGGGAAUGUAAUCAUUUAAUACAAUAAAGCUGCAUCUUGUUUUAAAACAUAA